AUGCUCAAAUACUUACUCAGUCUCUUCUCCGUUGAUCUGGCGGUAGACCUCGGGACCGCCAACACCCUGAUCUACACCCAGGAGUCGGGAAUCAUUCUGCGCGAGCCUUCGGUGGUGGCGAUGAACACGGUCACGAAACGGGUGGAAGCGGUCGGGGCCGAGGCGUACGACAUGGUCGGCAAGACCCCCGGCCACAUCAAGGCCAUCCGCCCCAUGCAGGACGGGGUGAUCGCCGAUUUCGAGGCUGCCGAGCGGAUGAUCAGCCACUUCGUGCAAAAGGCGCUGGGCCGGCGCCGGUGGGCCGCCCCCCGCAUGGUGGUCGGCGUGCCUCUCCGAAUCACGCCGGUGGAACGGCGGGCGGUGCGGGACAGCGUGCUCCGGGCGAGGGCCAGCGAGGUAUUCCUCGUGCAGCAGCCGAUCGCCGCCGCCAUCGGCGCCGGACUGGACGUCACGACCCCCAUCGGGUGUUGCGUCGUGGACAUCGGCGGCGGAACGACCGACAUCGCGGUGAUUUCCCUUUCGGGGAUCGCUGCCGGCACUUCGGUGCGUGCCGCCGGCGACAUGUUCACCCAGGGAAUCAUCGAACACCUGCGCCGGUCCCAUGGCCUGCUCGUGGGAGAGCGGACGGGAGAGCGAAUCAAGAUGGCGCUCGGCAGCGCCCGACCGGGCACGCAGGCGCGCAGCAUGGAGAUCCGCGGGCGGGAUCUUUCCCGGCUUUCCCCGGCCACGCUGACGGUGACCGACCAGGACAUCCGGGCGGGUUUGAGCGGCCCGCUGCAGCAGCUCCUUACCGCGGUGGCGAACGUGCUCGAGAAAGUCGAACCCGAACUCUCGGCCGACCUGGUGGAGAACGGAAUCCUCCUGACGGGUGGGGGUGCGCUGCUCGAGGGACUUCCCGAGCUGCUCGCCGAUGAGACGAACCUGGCGGUCAAGGUGGCCGAACACCCGCUCGAUUGCGUCGUGAACGGCGCCGGGGUCAUGCUGGAGCGCAUGGACCUGCUCCAGCAGGUUUCGAGGCAUGACGGGUAG